ACUCGAUAGCUACUAACAAAAUGAAGCUAUUCGGACUGCUUUGGGCAAGUUUCUUACUUCAACAAUGCGCACAGGCUGUGUUACAAAACGGAUUCGCUUUCAAGACGUCCAUAUGCGAUGGUAAAAAUGGCGAACUUUUACCCAUGUUUGGAACUUGCAAAGGAUACUAUGUGUGUGCUGAUGGAAAUGCUGUAAUCGGAACUUGCGCUUCAAAAACCUUGUUUAACCCGUCAACUUUGCAUUGCGAAGAGAGCGAUAGUGAGGAUUGCAUUUUCGAUGGCAAGGAUAGUAAGCGUGGUGAUGGAUCUAGUUCAGAAAGUGACGAGGACGAUGAGGAAGUUAUCGUUAAAGCUGACCCUCCGGUUUCUGUCAAACCAUUGAAAAAACCACGACCUACAAUACAGGACACAGAGCUUUCAGACUUACUGAAUAUAUUGUGUGCUGGCAAAAGGGAUGGUGUGAUGCUAACCAAGAAGGGAUCCUGUGGGCAGUACUAUGUUUGCAAGGCAAGGAAACCCCACCUUCGCUCUUGUCCUAGUCAGCAGCACUUUAGUCCAAGGCGCCGAAUUUGCAUGAUGGCUUCAGAAGCCAAGUGCUUAGUUGGUGCACAGGAAGCCAAACAAUUAGAUGGACCUGCCGUAACAGGAGGAAUAUGUUCGGAUGAAAAGGAAAACUCUCUUGUGGCACAUCGAUCCGACUGUGGAAAGUUCAUGCUAUGCAGCAACAUGAUGUUCCUGGUAAUGGAUUGCCCCACAGGUUUGCAUUUCAAUACAGCUUCUUCACGAUGCGACUAUCCCAAGGUCGCCAAAUGUCAGACCAAGGAAAAGGGGACCAAGAGAAAAAGAAAAUCAAAGUCGAAAAAGCCUGCUCGCAAGGUCAAAUCCCGUCAGUUGUAACUGUAUUUUAAAAGGCCACCAAUAAAACCAUUGAUUUUAAUCAAAA